AUGGCCGAGCCUAUCCGCAACAAGCGGCCUGACCCAACCGCCCCGACACCGCAGAACACCCCCGCCAACAAUGCCCCCAUCUCGUCUCACGCCCAGCAGCCUGGUGUUGCCAGCAUCUCCGAGGAGACGGUUGAUAUCGCCGCUGCCGCUUCUCUCUUCGCGCAGAACCCUCGGCUCGUUCACAUGAUCCAGGGCAAGCUCGGCAGCCUUGUCGGUCGGUCGUCCGGCUACAUCGAGUCACUUCCCCCCCAAGUAAAGCGUCGUGUCGCCGGCCUGAAGGGCAUCCAGAAGCAGCACUCGAAGCUGGAGGCCGAGUUCCAGGAAGAGGUCCUGCAGCUAGAGAAGAAAUACUUUGCAAAGUUUACCCCGCUGUACGAGAAGCGCGCCACCAUUAUCAACGGUGGCAACGAGCCGACCGAGGAUGAGGUGGCCGCUGGUGAAGAGGAUGAGGACGAGGAUGAGGAGGAGACUGAAAAGGCCGAUAAGGCUACCGAGGCCGCAGCCGAGUCCUCAGAAACUAUCUCUGGCAUUCCUGAGUUCUGGCUGUCCGCCAUGAAGAACCAGGUGUCGCUGGCCGAGAUGAUCACCGACCGCGAUGAGGGUGCACUCAAGCAUCUUACCGACAUUCGGAUGGAGUACCUCGACAAGCCGGGCUUCCGCCUGAUCUUUGAGUUUUCCGAGAACGACUACUUUACCAACAAGACCAUCUCCAAGACAUAUUUCUAUCAAAACGAGUCGGGCUACGGCGGUGACUUCAUCUACGACCACGCUGAGGGCGAUAAGAUCAACUGGAAGGCGGAUAAGGACCUGACCGUCCGCAUCGAGCAGAAGAAGCAGCGCAACAAGAACACAAAACAAACCCGCAUCGUUAAGAAGACCGUCCCCACCGAGUCAUUCUUCAACUUCUUCUCGCCGCCCAAGCCGCCCGCAGACGAGGAGGAUGAUGCCGCUUCGGAUAUCGAGGACCGUCUGGAGCUUGACUACCAGCUUGGUGAGGACAUCAAGGAGAAGCUGAUCCCGCGUGCCAUCGACUGGUUUACGGGCGAGGCACUCGCCUUUGAGGAGAUGGACGAGGACGACAUUGAGGAUGAGUUUGACGAGGAGGAGGAUGAGGACGAUGAUCUGAGCGAGGACCAUGACGACGAGGACGAGUCCGAUGACGACGAUGUAGGUGCUCAGCUCACAUGA